CCCGCUUUCUCCUCCGGUUCCCGGUGGCGGCGGUGACUCGGCUCCAGCCUCUGGGCGCGUUUCGUUGUCGGUAGAAUCAUGAGUUCGCGUUACUGGAGGAGUGGCGGCGGCGGCGGAGGAGGAGGAGGAGGGUCGGGAGGAUCGUCUUCGGCGGGAUGGGAACCCUCGGGCGGUGGCAGAGGCCGGGGCCGGCAUCCUGGGCACCUGAAAGGCAAAGACAUCGGCCUGUGGUACGCCAAGCGGCAGGGCCAGAAGAGCAAGGAGCAGGAGCGGAGCGAGAGGGCAGUUGUGCAGAUGGAUGAAGCAAGAGAGGAGCACAUCACCCGACUGCUGAAUUCUGUCCAGACACGGGGUGAUUACAAAGACCAGCGUGCCUCAGUGUCAGCCGACUCUAGCAAGAACUGGAGGAGUGCAUGUCCCUCUACAUCCACCAUCAAGGAAAUUAAACCAGAGACCAGUGCUGAUCUAGAGUACCUCUUUGAAACCAUUACUCAGGAUGUGUUUUUGGAUGAAGAACUGAGGGAAGACCUUAUGAAGAAGAAAUCGAGCUUGAGAUACCUGGAUAUGAAGAGAUUUCGGGAGAAACUCCCUUCUUACGGUAUGAAGAAAGAAGUUGUAGACUUGAUCAAUGAAAAUCAGGUGCUUGUCAUAAGUGGAGAAACAGGUUGUGGGAAAACCACACAGGUGACCCAGUUCAUUCUGGAUGACUACAUUGAGAAAGGCAAGGGUUCUUUGUGCAGGGUUGUGUGUACCCAGCCUCGACGGAUCAGCGCAAUCUCGAUAGCUGAGAGGGUCGCAGCAGAAAGAGCUGAAGCCUGCGGUGAAGGGAACAGUACUGGCUACCAGAUCAGGUUGCAGAGCCGCCUGCCACGGAAACAAGGUUCCAUCUUGUACUGCACGACUGGAAUCAUUCUCCAGUGGCUACAGUCAGACUCUCUUCUAUCUACUGUCAGUCACCUUGUUUUGGACGAGGUCCACGAGAGGAGUUUGCAGUCAGAUGUCCUGAUGACAAUUGUGAAGGACAUCCUGCCGUUCAGGCCAGAUCUGAAGGUGAUAUUGAUGAGUGCAACUCUAAAUGCUGACAAGUUUUCAGAAUAUUUUGGCAACUGUCCCAUGCUGCAUAUUCCGGGAUUCACCUAUCCAGUGAAGGAAUACAUCUUGGAAGAUGUAAUUGAGUUGCUCCAGUAUCGUCCACAAACCCAAGAAAUUCGGAGACCGUCCUCCAAGAGGAGAUUCAUGCAAGGUUGCAUGUUUCGACCAGAGAAGGAACGAGUGGAGGAAGAAUACCAGCAACAAUGGCCAGAAUAUUUAAGAGAGUUGCAAGGAAGAUAUUCUGACAGUACGAUUGAAGCCUUGGAAGUUCUGCAUGAUGAUGAUAAAAUAGACCUCAAUCUGAUUGUAGCCCUCAUAAAACACAUUGUUCUUCUUGGAGAGGAGGGUGCCAUUUUAGUCUUCCUUCCUGGAUGGGACAAUAUCAGCAGCUUAAAUGACCUCCUGACUGCACAAACCAUGUUCAAAUCAGAUCGGUUCGUGAUCAUUCCUCUCCACUCUCUCAUGCCUUCGGUGAAUCAGACAGAGGUUUUCAAGAAGCCACCUCCGGGAGUUCGCAAGAUUGUAAUUGCUACCAACAUUGCAGAGACAAGCAUCACUAUAGAUGAUGUGGUCCAUGUGAUAGAUGGAGGAAAGAUAAAAGAAACUCACUUCGACACUCAAAACAAUAUCAGCACAAUGGCAGCGGAAUGGGUCAGCAAAGCUAAUGCCAAGCAGCGGAAAGGUCGAGCUGGCAGGGUGCAGCCAGGUUCCUGUUACCACUUGUACAAUGGUUUGCGGGAGAGCCUUCUAGAUGAUUAUCAGCUUCCAGAAAUCAUGAGGACUCCACUUGAAGAGCUUUGCUUGCAGAUCAAGAUUUUAAAUCUUGGUCGAAUUGCACAAUUCUUGGAAAAGGCAAUGCAGCCUCCAUCGAAGGAAGCUGUUAAUCUGGCUGUGACCCACCUUAAAGAGCUGAAUGCUUUGGAUAGGAAUGAAGAGUUAACUCCACUUGGGGUCCAUUUAGCUCGCCUGCCAGUGGAACCCCACAUCGGGAAGAUGAUUCUGUUUGGAGCAUUAUUGUGCUGUCUGGAUCCGGUUCUCACCAUUGCAGCCAGUCUCAGCUUCAAGGAUCCAUUUGUGAUCCCGCUGGGUAAAGAGAAACUGGCUGAUGCAAAACGCCGGGAAUUAUCGAAGCAGUCUCGGAGUGACCAUCUGACUGUGGUAAAUGCGUUUAAGGGCUGGGAAGAAGCGAAAAGGAGAGGUUUCAGAUCAGAGAAGGACUACUGCUGGGAGUUCUUCCUUUCUCCAAACAACCUGCAGAUGCUUCAUAACAUGAAAGGUCAAUUUACUGAACACCUGCUGGUGGCUGGCUUUGUCAGCAGCAAGAAUCCCCGAGAUCCCCAGGCAAAUAUAAAUUCAGAAAACGAGAAGCUAGUUAAAGCUGUGGUAUGUGCGGGCUUGUAUCCGAAAGUGGCAAAAAUACGACCGAGUUUCAGCAAGAAGAGAAAAAUGGUGAAAGUCUUUACCAAGUCAGACGGAAGAGUCAACAUUCACCCAAAAUCUGUUAAUGCUGAAGAAGGUGAAUUUGAGCAUAACUGGCUGAUCUACCAUUUGAAGAUGCGGACAACCAGUAUCUACCUGUAUGAUUGCACGGAGGUCUCACCUUACUCCUUGCUGUUCUUUGGAGGAGAUAUUUCGAUACAGAAGGAGCAGGGCCAGGAGACCAUCUCUGUGGAUGAAUGGAUUGUGUUCCAGUCACCAUCCAGAAUUGCCCAUUUAGUAAAGGAUCUGAAAAGGGAGCUAGAUGCUCUUCUACAAGACAAGAUUAAGAAGCCCCGACCUGUGGAUUGGAAUAAUCGAUCGAAAGACUGUGCUGUCUUGUCAGCAAUCAUAGACUUGAUAACCACACAAGACACCGCCAGUGCGAAGAACUACACGCCCCGAUUCCAGAGCUACUGAAGCUGCAAUACCUGCAGCUGAUUCUCCAAAGAGGUUCAGGCUGAGCCUAAAAUGAUUUUAAUGUAGCUCACCAGUACAGAGUUGUUUUGUGUUAUUAAUGUUUUUUGGCUAACAGAUCAGAGGUUUUGGAGAAUAUAUCCAAGAGUCUCAUUGGUCAAACAGCAUUGACCUGUGCACACUGAAUAAAAUGACUGAUGUUUUAAAAA